UGUCUCUCUCUCCUCUGUCUCUCUCUCCUCUCCCUGUCUCUCUCUCGUUCUCCUCUUUCUGUCUCUCUCCUCUCUCUCCUCUCCCUCUCUCUCUCUCCUCUGCCUCUCUCUCCUCUCCUUGUCUUGCUCUCCUCUCCCUUUCUCUCUCCUCUGUCUCCCUCUCUCUCUAUCCUCUCUCUCUCUCUCUCUCUCUCUCUCUCUCUCUCUCUCUCUCUCUCUCUCUCUCUCUCUCUCUCUCCUCUCCCUGUCUCUCUCCUCUCCCUGUCUGUCUCUCCUCUGUCUCUAGAUGAUGGUCGUGGUGAUGCUUGUAAGGAUGACUUUGAUAAUGACAGUAUACCAGAUGCACUAGAUGUUUGCUCAGAGAACAGUGGUAUUGGAGUUACAGACUUCAGGAAGUUUCAGACGGUUCUGUUGGACCCUCGGGGGACCACUCAGUCUGACCCUCUGUGGGUGGUCCGAGGACACGGAACCGAACUGCUACAGACUGCAAACUCUGACCCUGGCAUCGCCUUGGGUUUUGAUGAGUUCCGUGCGGUAGACUUCAGUGGGACAUUCUACGUGAACACAGACCGUGAUGAUGACUAUGUAGGGUUUGUGUUCUCCUUCCAGUCCAGCAGACGGUUCUACGUUGUCAUGUGGAAACAGGUCAGCCAGGCUUACUGGGAGAAGAGUCCUUCCAGGGCAUUUGGGAACGCUGGUGUCUCUCUCAAAGUGGUCAACUCAAACUCAGGCCCUGGGGAGGCCCUCCGCAACGCCCUGUGGCACACAGGAAACACCAUACAGCAGGUUCGCACACUGUGGCACGACCCCAACAACAUGGGCUGGAAGGACUACACUGCCUACCGCUGGCACCUCAUCCACCGACCCAAGACCGGCUUCAUAAGGAUAGUGGUGUCUGAGGGCAGGUCCAUCCUAGCUGACUCUGGGCCGGUGUAUGACAGAACUCUGGCUGGAGGGAGACUCGGACUGUUUGUCUUCUCACAAGAACACAUCCUCUUCUCUGACCUCAGAUACACCUGUAGAGAUAACUGAGAUCUGUUCAUACUGAGAUAAUGCUGCACCCCUCCGUCCUCCAUCCUCCUCCAGUCCUCCCUCCACCACUUCACCCUCCUCCAGUCCUCCCUCCUCCAGUCCUCCCUGGACCAAUUCACCCUCCUCCAGUCCUCCCUUCCACCACUUCACCCUCCUCCAGUCCUCCCUCCACCACUUCACCCUCCUCCAGUCCUCCCUCCUCCAGUCCUCCCUCUUCCAGUCCUCCCUGGACCAAUUCACCCUCCUCCAGUCCUCCCUUCCACCACUUCACCCUCCUCCAGUCCUCCCUCCUCCAGUCCUCCCUGGACCAAUUCACCCUCCUCCAGUCCUCCCUUCCACCACUUCACCCUCCUCCAGUCCUCCCUCCACCACUUCACCCUCCUCCAGUCCUCCCUCCACCACUUCACCCUCCUCCAGUCCUCCCUCCACCACUUCACCCUCCUCCAGUCCUCCGUCCACCAAUUCAUCCUCCUCCAGUCCUCCCUCAACCACUUCACCCUCCUCCAGUCCUCCGUCCACCAAUUCACCCUCCUCCAGUCCUCCCUGCACAACUUCACCCUCCUUCAGUCCUCCCUCAACCACUUCACUCUCCUCCAGUCCUCCCUCCACCACUUCACCCUCCUCUAGUCCUCCCUCUACCACUUCACCCUCCCUCCUCCAGUCCUCUCUCGACCACUUCACCCUCCUCCAGUCCUCCCUCCACCACUUCACCCUCCUCCAGUCCUCCCUCCACCACUUCACCCUCCUCCAGUCCUCCCUCCACCACUUCACCCUCCUCCAGUCCUCCCUCCUCCAAUCCUGUACAAACCUGUUAUAAACCUGUUCAUAUAGUCAAUACAAACCUGUUAUAAACCUGUUCAUAUAGUCAAUACAAACCUGUUAUACACCUGUUCAUAUAGUCAAUACAACCUGUUAUAAACCUGUUAUAAACCUGUUCAUAUAGUCAAUACAAACCUGCUACAAACCUGCUACAAACCUGUUAUAAACCUGUUAUAAACCUGUUAUAAACCUGUUAUAAACCUGUUAUAAACCUGUUCAUAUAGUCAAUACAACCUGUUAUAAACCUGUUCAUAUAGUCAAUACAAACCUGCUAUAAACCUGUUCAUAUAGUCAAUACAAACCUGUUAUAAACCUGUUCAUAUAGUCAAUACAACCUGUUAUAAACCUGUUCAUAUAGUCAAUACAACCUUUUAUAAACCUGUUAUAAACCUGUUCAUAUAGUCAAUACAACCUGUUAUAAACCUGUUCAUAUAGUCAAUACAACCUUUUAUAAACCUGUUAUAAACCUGUUCAUAUAGUCAAUACAACCUGUUAUAAACCUGUUCAUAUAGUCAAUACAACCUGUUAUAAACCUGUUCAUAUAGUCAAUACAAACCUGUUAUAAACCUGUUAUAAAC